CUUGGACCUGCAGUGCAAAGAUAGUGAGGUGUGAGCUUUGUUGCGUUGAGAUAUUCUGCAUCAUUGGUUCGUCGUUCGUUGUUGUUGUUGUUUGUAUCAAGAUACCAAGAUGUCGCAAAUUAUUGGAAAGACCCGUCUCGCCUACUCGCGCGCAUGGCACCACGUCGACGUGGGCAGUGACGGCCGCACCCUCGGCCGGCUGGCCUCCUCCAUCGCCCUCGUGCUCAUGGGCAAGAACAAGCCCAUCUACGAUCCCUCCACCGACUGCGGCGACUACGUCGUCGCCGUCGGCUGCCACGACCUCCGCACCACCGGCAAGAAGCGCCAGCAGAAGAAGUACUACACCCACACCACCCGGCCCGGUAGCCUGAAGAGUAUGACCAUGGACAUGAUGUUCGAGAAAUGGGGCGGCGGCGAGGUCCUGCGCCGCGCCGUCCGCGGCAUGCUGCCCAAGAACCGCCUGCGGGAUAAGCGAUUGGCGCGGUUGAAGACUUUUGAAGGUCUCAAGCACCCCUACGAGCAGAAUAUCAUCAAGAUCGGUGGGACCGGUGCUCUGGCUCAGGCUCCGGUGGAGUCGGCCAUUGGAACGCUCCCCGAGGUGCAGCAGGCGUUCCAGGCGGCCAAGGUGGCGGAGACGUCGGCAUAAGAAACUCCAAGUCCAGGUACCAUGUUGCCAGGUGGUUGAGAUUCGGCUUUAUCAUCCGCGGUAUAUACCUAAGUGCCUUGACUGUUUCCUCUCCUUCUUCUUCGCGGAUACCAAAAACCGACUGGUGUAUUCUUUUCCCUGUACUUUUAUAUUCUUUCCUUGUUGCCGUCACGAAUACUUGCUAGCGCAUGGGUGGGAGUUUUUCAAUGUUUUCCAUUUCUUUCUCUGUUUCCGGUCCCUAAUCUAUACAUUCAUCUGAUUUGAUAUGUCUUGGGAAAGUUUAUCCACAUAUGCUGUCGAUCUACACACCUACUUACUCCAAGGUGCGCCUGUACCAGUUUACUGGGGAAGCGAGCGAGAAAAUAGGCUUGUGCUGUAUCAUAACCGAUCAAUCCAGUGAAAUGUUAUACCCCC